GCAACGCUGGCUCUUGUCGCCAGUGAGCCUUGCCUUGAGCCAUGUGUCUGUGGGUGAUGCCAGUGAUGACAUGAAGAGGGCGGGGACCCUCAGCUUCAACGUGAAGCCUCAGGUCAGCAAUGGCUCGAAGGCCAACCGCACGGAGUAUGGCACGGACCCGGCGAAGGCCAUGGAGCACCUGCGGCAGUUCAUGAUCGCCUCGGCAGGCUCUGUGCUGCGUGCGUGGAUGGACUUCUUCGAUCAGGACAUGGAUCAUAGAAUUUCGAAGACCGAGUUCAGCAAAGGCAUGAGGGAGUUGGGCUACACCGGCGAUGUCUUCCAACUGUUCUCCGUCUUGGAUGAUGACGGCUCCAACGAGCUGACCCUUGACGAGAUCGACAUGAAGCAGUCGAGCAUCUGGCGGAACUUCCGGGUCUUUGCGGCAGCCAUGUUCAAGUCGGAGGAGGAUCUGCUUCAGCGGUGUGCCGACUGGGCCUUGGACGUGUCCCCGUCGCUGGCGAAGCUGCGGGCGGACCGGCCGCGGGUGGACCGCCUCACCCGCGAAGAGUUCUGCGUGGGCAUGCGGAAGAGCGGGUGGACAUGGAGUGUGGCGGACCUCAACUGGAUCUUUGACGCCUUGCACGACCAGACGGACCAGCUUCUGAAGGCAGACGGCCUUCGCUGGCUGCCCAUUGAACUGGUCCGGAAACAGAAGAAACUGGAGGCCAAAGCGAGAUCGAGCAAGUACCAGGCGCUGCAGAGCCGGACUGAUGUGUCGGCACAGGCAAAGCACCGCCACUUUGAGCGGUUCAAGGCCUACCUGCGGAAGAAGUACGGCAACCUGAUCCGAGCGUGGCGGCAAGCGCUGUCUCAAACGGAUUCUAUGGUUCUGUCGAAGCUUCACUUCCUCAAGGCAGCUUCUAGGCUGGGGUUCGCGAAAGAGUCCAAAGAUCUGUGGAAAGCGCUGGACAAAGACGACAGCGGCUCUGCCUCCAUCGAUGAAUUGGACCCAAAGAAUGCCGAAGUGCUGGCCCAGUUCAAGGUGUGGAUGACCAAGAAGUUCGGGGGCGUGCGCGAGGCCUUCAGCGCCAUCGACUCGGACAGCACCCGCUUCAUCUCCAGCUCCGAGUUCCUCUCGGCGCUGCAGCGUUUCGAGUUCCCGCGGCCCAGCAGGCAGCUUUUCAGCCACUUUGACAAGGACGGGGAUGGCAAGAUCGUUCUUGAUGACGUACUUUUCCUGGAGAGCUGGAACCCGCUGCCCUUCCUGGUGGUGUUGCCCAACUUCAAGGCCAAGAACGAGAUCAAGAAGCUGAUCCUCGUGAGGACGGGCCAGUACAUGAAAGCCUGGCGCCGGCUGUUGGACAAGGAUGCCACCAAUCGAUGCAACUGGUACGAGUUCAAGGACGCCUGCCAGGUCUUGGGCUACUCGGGUGACGUCGCAGGCGCCUGGCGAGCCUUCGACGACGACCUGUCUGGGUACAUCUCCUUGAAAGAGAUCGACGAGGAGUCGGCCCUCGUGUUGUCCAACUUCAGGAAGUGGUCCUCCCUGGAGUUCGGCUCCAUGAAGUCUCUCUUCAAGGUUUUCGAUGCGGACUGCUCGGGGAGUUUGACCUUCCAGGAGUUCCGCUCUGCCUGCCACAUCUACGGCUACGACGGCUCCGUCAGGGCCAUCUUCUCUGCAUUGGAUGUGGAUCAGCAGGGCACGUUGACGAUGAAGGAAGUCUUAUUUUUGGACGACUGGGAUGAUGGCGAGGAGGAGGAGGGCGACGGCCCGCAACCAGGCGCGCUGGUUCCGCGACAGGCCAAGGCCUACCAUGGUCCAAGCACCUGGCAACUCACGGAUCCCCCCGCUAGGGCGCGCGAGGUGAUCAAGCGAAAGCGUGACUUGCAUGGCCGUGCCAUGCCCGACAUUCCGCGCGUGCAGCUCUGCAAAGGAGACGAGUCAUCUUCGAAGUUCUGGCCAGAGAAGAGCCAGAGCGCGCGGGAACCGCGACUCCACUCGCGGCAGAAGUCCUUUGCCACGGCAAACUCUCGCACCUUCGAGGACUGGGCAAGGAGGACAUCCACGCCUUCCAAGAGCAUCAUGAGCCUGGACUGGCAGGAAGACCCACUGUCCACUUGCAUGAUGAUGGAGCAGGUGGGGCUGCCAAGUGUUUCUUCCGCCUGGUGCGACCUCCCUUUGAAAGAUCUGCAAAGAACAGAUUUGCAUCAAGGCUCGCUGGGUAAGCCCCUCUCCGCCACCUGGAGCCCUUCUAGCUCGGCCAAGCCGACGCUGGACGAUCUCCUCACCCCGGCGCCGCUCAGAAAGGCGGCGCUGGCCAGGGUGAAGCGCACUUCGAUCGACGCCAGGCCUGCCACCUCUGAUUGUUCAGCAAGAGGGCGAAUUCAGCCAGGUUGAUCAGGUAGCAACUGGCGCUAUGGUCAAAAUACA